GGUUUGCUCCAUGAGUGGGACAUUCAUACAAUCUCUUCGUACGAAUGUAUCGGCAACGCAAUGCAUACAACUUACUCUUCAUCUUAGAGGAUGCCGGUGCUGGAUGCGACGAGGCGCUAGAGUACUCUUCUGUUGCUCGCUGCAUACAGCUUGCUCUUCGGCUUACAAGAUGCUUAAAGUACUCUGCUGGAUGUAAGGCGCUAAAGUACUCUUCUGUCGCAAGGCGCUCGCUAGAGUACUCUUCUGUCGCAAGGCUUGCAAGGCGCUAGAGUACUCUUCUGUCACUUGCUCUUCGGCUUACAAGAUGCUUAAAGUACUUUGCUGGAUGUAAGGCGCUAAAGUACUCUUCUGUCGCAAGGCACCAAUGAUGCCGCAAGUCUUCCUGCCACAAAGGGCACUCGAGGAAACUUGCUGCUUGCUAUUUGAGUGUCUUCCUUUGCGAUUUGUGUGGGAUUUGUGGCCUCCAUCGCGACCAAAUUCACUCCUUCAUACAAGACGAAAAAGAAAGUGAGGCGCUGAAGUACUCUUCUGUCGCAAGCCACCGCCAGGUAUGCACGUGCAUCGCAUCACAAGUGGAGAGAGAAAUGCUGAUGCUGGUUACUCCUUUGAUAAGCCGCCGCAACGCACCGUGGACCUAAUCAUGACCCAUCAGCAAUGAUGCAUGCAACUGGGUCCCCUCUCAGGGAACGUUGAGUGAAAUGCGAUGUUGUUGGCCUGACACCCUUUUUCUGGGCAGGGAAUCUGCACCGCCCCCGAUGGAAUGGGACUGCGUGCAUAUGCUGCAGGGUAGUCGGCUCCUGCCAUGUGCUCUGUGUGUGAUAAGGAAUGUGACCGUGCUGACGGAAUGUAGAAGGAACGAAGUUGAAGGUAAUCAUUUGCGAAGGAAGUGCGCGAUGACGAAAAGACAGACUUGUGUGUGCACCUGACGAAAAGACAGACUUGCACGGAAGCUUCUCGUGCUUGCGGAGUGUGGUUUCGUUGAGCAAAUUGACAAACAAGUCGGGAGCCACGUAUACCAGGUACUCGCCUGGAAAGCGGUGACGCUUUGUGCUUAUACAAGUCGUUUGUGUAAGAUGCGAACCCAUUAUGCUCGUCUGCUUACUUAAGGGACGGUCGUCGCGCAUGAGACGGACACGACUUAUUUCAUGCAUGGUGCUUGAUCAUCAAAUUACAACACCAGGAAGAUCGAAGCUGACCGUGCUUUGUAUAUCAUCGAGCGACGAGCACACAGUUAUUCCUCUUGGACGAGAAAGAAGGGCGGGGGUGGGGGGGGGGGAACAUAAGCUCCUUCCUCUAGAAAGGGGCAUACUGACACAACUUGCUUGCUUGAUUACGGGGGAGGGGGGGACAUAAGCUCCUUCCUCGAGGAAUGGGCACAGUCACGACACAACUCGCUUGCUUGAUAGAUGGACACAUUUCGUGGAAUCCAAGCAUUGAAUGUCAUUGUAGAUGCAAACACGCUCCUUUCUUCAUCAACAAACGACCAUAUACUUUUUUUUUUUUUUUACUCACAACCCUUGCAUGGUCGAUAAACGGACGCAUUUCACGGAUUUCAAGGAAAAUAAUAAAAUAUCAGUGUGGAAUCUGUGGAUGCAAGAUGCAGUUCACUCAAGAAAUGCCACUGUAGAUGCAAAUAAUCCCUGAAAGUUAAUUGCAAAAGAAAGAACAAAGCUUUUGAAAAAAAUAAAAAAUAAAAAAAAAAUGAAGGAGAGAAGAUGUGCAUGUGCAAGUUACAGCCGUGAGGGAGGGAUAAGCAUACACACGACAUGCUCGAAUGACAAGUGUGAUGCAUUCGUGGCCCUUGCGCACAACAAUCAGCUUUGUCCGCUAUGCGAAGGGGACAUUAAGACAUACGACAUGUCCGACAACUGCAAACGUGCAAUUGCUCCUCUGAUAAAACGUUAUGUUGCUC